GGUGGUCGGGAAGGGAUGUGGGGGUGCCGGCCGCCGCGCCCUCCCCGUUCCGCUCCCCCCCAAGGCCCCCAGGGCUGCAGGCCCGGCGUCGGCCCUUCCGCACCGGGAGGAGUGGGGCGGAGAAAUGCCCUUGGAGGCCCGACUGGGCCUCUGGGCCCUGCGUGCGUGCGGGUGCGGCGGAGGCCCAGUCGCCCCCGCGGGCGGGAGAACCUAAAAGCAGACCCAGAAGAGCUUUUUACAAAACUGGAGAAAAUUGGAAAGGGCUCUUUUGGUGAGGUGUUCAAAGGCAUUGACAAUCGGACUCAGAAAGUAGUUGCCAUAAAAAUCAUUGAUCUGGAAGAAGCUGAAGAUGAGAUAGAGGACAUUCAACAAGAAAUCACAGUGCUGAGUCAGUGUGACAGUCCCUAUGUAACCAAAUAUUAUGGAUCCUAUCUGAAGGAUACUAAAUUGUGGAUAAUAAUGGAAUAUCUCGGUGGAGGCUCUGCUCUAGAUCUGUUAGAACCUGGCCCUUUAGAUGAAACUCAGAUUGCUACUAUAUUAAGAGAAAUUCUGAAAGGACUUGAUUAUUUACAUUCAGAGAAGAAAAUUCAUAGAGAUAUUAAAGCUGCCAACGUUCUGCUCUCUGAACAUGGAGAGGUGAAGCUGGCUGAUUUUGGCGUGGCAGGCCAGCUGACAGAUACCCAGAUAAAAAGAAACACCUUCGUGGGCACCCCUUUCUGGAUGGCGCCUGAAGUCAUCAAACAGUCGGCCUACGACUCAAAGGCAGACAUCUGGUCCCUGGGCAUAACAGCUAUCGAGCUUGCGAAAGGGGAGCCACCUCAUUCCGAGCUGCAUCCCAUGAAAGUUUUAUUCCUCAUCCCAAAGAACAACCCCCCAACGCUGGAAGGAAACUACAGCAAACCCCUGAAGGAGUUCGUUGAGGCCUGUUUGAAUAAGGAGCCCAGCUUUAGACCCAGUGCUAAAGAGUUACUGAAGCACAAGUUUAUAAUACGCAAUGCAAAGAAAACAUCCUACUUGACGGAGCUCAUUGACAGGUAUAAGAGAUGGAAGGCCGAGCAGAGCCACGACGACUCCAGCUCUGAGGACUCAGACACGGAAACGGAUGCAGACGGCCAGGCGUCUGGGGGCAGCGACUCUGGGGACUGGAUCUUCACGAUCAGAGAGAAGGACCCGAAGAGUCUUGAGAACGGAGCUCUUCAGCCAUCGGAUUUAGAAAGAAAUAAGAUGAAAGACAUCCCAAAGAGACCUUUCUCUCAGUGUUUAUCUACAAUUAUUUCUCCUUUGUUUGUGGAGUUGAAGGAGAAGAGCCAGGCCUGUGGCGGUAACAUGGGGUCCAUUGAAGAACUGCGGGGGGCCAUCUACCUGGCGGAGGAGGCGUGCCCUGGGAUCUCGGACACCAUGGUGGCCCGGCUCGUGCAGCGGCUCCAGAGAUAUUCUCUAAGUGGUGGAGGAACUUCAUCCCACUGAAAUUCCUUUGGCAUUUUGGGUUUUGUUUUUCCUUUUUUCUUCUUCAUCCUCCUUUUUAAACGUCGAGGCCUUUGCUGACUCUGCUGAAGCGGUGCGCCAUCGAGGGGUUGUCCCCCGCCCCGCCCGGCCCUCCCCGCCCCAGGCACCUGUCCCAGAGCACGCACGGUCCUUCCUCACUGGCCUCGGCCAGGUGAAGUCUCAAGGUGGGGUGGGGGUGGGGGUCAGCUCCUUAAAGCGAUCAUUUUAUUAUUCUUGUUUUUAAUUUUAACCAUAGUGCACAUAUCAAAGAAAGUGUCUUUAAAAACAGAAACAAACCCUGAAAUGUAUAUUUGGGAUCACGCUAAGGCAACUGAAGAAACGAAACCUCAGGUAUCCUGCUUUAAGUUGGUGACUCCCACUCCCUGGGAGACGGAGAAUCGCUCUGGUGGAUCAGUGUACAGACGUGUAUAUAGUGUCAUUUUUACGGAAACCCUUUUGGCGUGCAUAAGGAAUCACUGUGUACAAAUUGGCCAAGUGCUUCUGUAGAUAAUGUCAGUGGAGUAAAUAUUUGACAGGCCAUAACUUGAGUCUAUUGCCUUGCCUUUAUUACAUGUAAAUUUUGAAUUAUGUGACCAGUGAUUUGGGUUUUAUUUUGUAUUUGCAGGGUUUGCCAUUAAUAAUAAUUAAUGCCCCUCUUAUGGAACACUCCUGUUUGUACCUCAACACAUGCAGAUUUUCCUCUUGUUGGCCCUGUAACCCUUUGGUACACUUAGAAGUUGAUUUCCCUUCUCAUCGAUGGUACUAUUUCUUAGUGUUUUAAAUUGGAACAUAUCUUGCCUCAUGGAGCUUUAAAUUAUUAUUUCAAGUUUCUCCCCAAUGGAGUGCUCUCGUCUGUCAUUUGUUUGGAAUCGUGCCACUGCCAAUCCUGCGCCAGCUGUACCGUCCUUUCUAGUAUGAUUUUCUGUCGCACCUUGUAGUGAAAUCUGCGUAUCAUCUUGCCCACCUCCAAAUGUCUGAAUGCUUACACGAAUAAAUUUUAUAACACACACACACUUUGUAUACUCUCCUUGAUGUGUGACUCCCAAGAGACAGUGUACCUGUUGUGUGUGCGGUUGUGUGAUGAGACAUUCACUAGCUCCAGUAAGAAGUGCCCACAUUCAAAUGGUGUAUGUCCAGGUUGGUUCCCUAUGCCAGCCUUAAAAAAAAAUUGGUCAUUGAGAGCACACAGCUGAGUAUUGCUGAUUUGUGAAAUUGCUGUCUUCCCAGGGUGGUUUUGUUUCCUUAAAGGAGCUCAUGUCUGCUACUUGUCACCCAGGUGUCUGUAUUUUUCUUGGCUGUGGCAAGGCCUUGCUUACCAGUGGGGUGACUAAUCUCGGGGUCUUCAGGAUGGGAAAUGGUUCUUGCAGCCAUUUUUUGAUUUCAGUACAUGGGGCCUUCUUUUCUAUUAGUUGAUGAUGAAACACUGUCAUAUCCUUUUGGAGUAGCAGUUCUUGAGGGGGAGGACAAAGGGUUUUUGCAAGCCAGGAAGUUACUGGGUAGACUUUGGGAUGGAAGGUCAGGUACCUGCCAGCCACUGGCCUGGACAGGGAGAGGACAGAAGCCUGAGCCACAGAGGUUUGAGAGGGGGUAUUACUUAGGUUUGUAAAGUGGAGUUUAGUUUUUAAGCUCUGAAAUCAAUUAUGAUUUUUUAAAAUUAGAAGUAGUUUAAGGUUGAAUAUUUAUGUAAGGGAUGCAUUUUGGCUAGGGGGAAGUGGAACUGAAUUGCUCAUUCUUACUGUGCAUGGUAUUCUCCAGUAAGAAUAUUAACUUGAACAUAUUUGAAACUUGAGCAUAUUCCAUUUUGUUUCCAGAAAGUAUUCUGGGUGAGGAAACUAUUUGUCUCCCUAUGGGGCGUAAGCCAAAGAUCCAUUUUGCCAUUGCAGGGGAAGAUCGCUCAGGAAAUGAAACAGGUCCCAGGUCUGCUCGUCCGACUCUGAGGGAGCCAGUGCUGGCAGCAGCUUUCUAAUGUAGAUGUCUCCUAAUUAGCCAGUGGGCAGUGAGGUCAAGAGAGAUGCUGAAGAAAAUCCCUAAAUGAGUAAUGGGUUUGCUGAUAGGUAGACUGGGUUCUAGUCAGGCAUAUUGAUGUGAAUAGUUGGCAAAUACUCAGCAAUCACUAGACUGUCGUACACACCACCACCUUCUACAUAAAGCAGCCAGUUAUUUCUUUAGAGUAUUUUUGAGCAUCUUCUGUCAGUUAAGCUUCCUGGAGAUGUGGUUUGACCGCAUCUUAAAGGUAGAUCCUUUCCCCAUGGUUGCCUCUGGUUUGUCUCUGUAGACACACAAACUGAUGCCUGUGUUUUUAAAGGCUCAUGUGAUGUGUGCCCUCUGAAGGGCACCUUAUUUAGCCAAGGAGGCUACUGUUGGGGUGUACAUUUUAAGAGACCAGCUACAGUGGAACCUGCCUCAGACAACAUACUCUACUGUCGGUGUCCAACCAACCAGACCACAGAGAUCGGCAGAUGGGUUCACUAAUGCUUGGAAGCCUUGAGAUGCCAAGCCCCAGCAGCUAACAGCUGAUGUGCACAGGGAAGCCCGGCUGCUGCCUUUUGGGAGCCGGGCAACUCUUCUACAGAGAAGAGUUGGUCUUGCACCUGUCUUGUAACCAGUGCUACACACCUUCCCAAUCCAGCAGCUUUGUUCUUGACUUGGUCUUGUGAAGUGUCUGGUUUGGUCCUUCAUUAUCUUGUAUCUUUCUUUAAAGAAAGCAUAAAUAAGGUCCAUUAUAAACAUUUUUAUAUUUCCUUCUUUAAAAAAUACACUUUCUGUAUUUCUGCUAUAAAAUGUGGCAAUCAUUGGGGAGAGUGGCAGGGUGUGUUCUUAAGGACAGGUUACUGUAUCUUGCAAGGGUCAGUAAAGUUCACAAAACCAAUUGUUUUGUAAUUUUGUGUUUUGUGUGUAGAGAGAGUAGAUGAAUGUUGUAUCCCACCCUCCUUGACAUCCCACCCCAAGUUCAUAUGUUGAAAUCCUAACCCCCAACCGUGAUGGUAUCUGGAGGUGGGGCCUUUGGGAGGUGCUUUGAUGAGGGUGGAGCCCUCGUGGAUGGGAUUAGUGCCCUCAGACUCCACAGAGCGUCCUUCACCCCUUCUGCCACGUGAGGACACAGCCAGAAGCCGCUGCCUCCGACUAGGAAGAAGGCUCUCGCCAGAGGCUGAGGCUGCUGGCACCUUGGUCACAGACUUCCCAGCCUCCAGAACCGAGGUAAGCAUGUGUUGAUAAGCUGCCCCGUCUGCGGUAUUUUGUGACAGCAGUCCUGAUGGACUGUCUCCGAGAUGCCUGCAAGUUUUGGAGUGGUCUAAAUUGCCCACCUGAUUGGGACUUCUGUUUUCUUUGAAAUCAGAAGGAUCAGAGAGGUGCUAGUCACAGAGCAGAACUGUAGUGUCCAUGAUUUAGAAUCACAACUACUGGAGUGGGAGACCACCUUGUCCCCAAGCUUCACAGGCAUGUGACUUCUGGAGGGACAGUUUUCCUGACACAGCCUCUGCUAUCUCAGCAACUGGGGCCAUGUAUCCCAGCUAGCUUGUUCUGGGGCCCCUUUGCAAAGGCAGAGGAAGGUAGGCCCUUCUGUCUGCUUUGCUCUCAUUCAUUGGGUUUUAGUCCUUUUAUUGCCACUGAUGACCAGUCUCCUAGGAAGCUCUGCUUUCCCAGUACCAAGUUAGAAGAAGCAGAUAGACUGUAAACCACCAAGUUCUCUGGAAUCCAUUGUUUGUCCUAAUGAGGGUGUGUCCGUUCUGUCCCUCUGCCCCACAGUGCCCAGCCAGUGCCAUCCCUCGCCCUGGAGGCAGUGCCUGCUGGUUCCUGCUCCCCCUGCCCACCUGCACUGGAUGCAAAUAAAGAUGACACCAGGUUGGUUAAGUUUUGCCUUAAAACUUCAAUAUGCUGGAUUGUGGCGUGAGGUAUUUUUAUUCCCUUUUGUUAGUACUUAAAACCAUCUGGUACAUGUUGUAAGGCAAACGAUUAACACAUCUCAAGCUACUCGUCCACUUGUACAUUGCCGUUCACCAGUCACAGCUCCACAAAGUUGGGGUCGUCCUGUGUUUCUGGGUGAGGGGCUUUCCCAGCUGUGGCACAGAGCACUGGGAGAGAGCUGCUGGGCCGGUCGCUCCCCCCAGACUGCGUCAGAAAGGGCUUGGGACUAGCAGCCACCUGGUCUCCACAGACAACAGGCAAACGGGCUCUGACUCCCGGCGCCAGCAGUGACCGGAACCAUGUUCCCUGUGUAGUCCGACUGUCGAGGAUGUACAGUGUCACACUGUUGAUACCCCAUGCGUGGGGAAAUGAGUAUGAGGAGAAAAGAAUGAUUCUUGAAGACAGGCACAAUAUAUAUAACUACUGAAUGCGCAGUUCCAAACCCCAGUUGCAGUAGGAUAUGGGGAUGAUAACAGGGCCUGCGCAUGGCUACUUCAUAGCGCUUCUGCAUCCGCUGAAGCGUACAAAUCUCCAUGACGUAACAUACCACAAAUGGCCCGGUUACUGACGUACAGGUUUUCAUGCUUGUGAAACAGACAGCAAAACACCACAGCUUAAUAUCCUCCCAUUGUGUACACCACUCACAGUACAGUGAUAAGGUCCAGAUAUCACACUGGAUUUCGGCUUAACAAACAACCCGCCACACUUUGCAAAUAGUAAUCACAAACAAUUUGGUCAACUUGCACCCAGAAAUAGGUCUGAUGACCAGUUUCAUGCUUCACUGGAGCAUGAAACCCCAAAGUGGAAUAGUGUGCUGCAAAUUGCUUAUUAAUCAAAGUAAAUCCUACUAACUUCCUAUUAUUAUAAAAGUAGAAAGAUUGAAAAAAAA